CUCUCUCCUCAUUUCACCCGCUGCUCCACAGGCAGGCAGAAUCAUGGCCGCUACCCCGGCAGGUCGUGUGUUGGUGUACGGAGGCAGAGGCGCGCUGGGCUCGGCGUGUCUUCACUACUUUAAGGCUAAAGGCUGGUGGGUGGCCAGUAUUGAUAUCGUGGCGAAUGAAGAAGCGAACGCGAAUGUUCUGGUUAAAAUCUGCGAGUCUUUCACUGAACAGGCGGAACAGGUGACGUCGGACGUGGCUCGGUUGCUGGGGGAGCAGAAGGUUGAUGCUAUUUUGUGUUUGGCAGGGGGAUGGGCUGGAGGAAACUGCAGCUCGAAAGACCUGUAUAAGAACAGUGAUCUGAUGUGGAAGCAGAGUGUCUGGACCUCCACCAUCUCCAGUCAUCUGGCCUCUAAGCACCUGAAGGCUGGUGGUCUGCUCACCCUGGCUGGAGCCAAUGCUUCACUGUCUGGAACUCCAGGUAUGGUGGGUUAUGGCAUGGCUAAAGCUGCAGUGCAUCAGCUGUGUCAGAGUCUGUCUGGAGAGAACAGUGGUCUCCCGGCUGGAUCCGUGGCUGUAGCCAUUCUACCGGUUACCUUGGAUACGCCGAUGAACAGGAAAUUCAUGCCAGACGCAGACUUCAGCUCCUGGACCCCUCUGGAGUACAUUGCCCAAGCCUUCUACAGCUGGGCCACUGGUUCAGGGCGGCCAGCUUCAGGCAGUCUGAUCCAGCUGGUGACGGCAGGAGGAGUAACGGAGGCCACACCGGUUCACUAAAAAGCACCGGAGCGAUAGAAGAAGAAAGAGAAGAAGAAAAGAGGGUUCUGGAUGAGGCAAACAUUUUCUCGUUUUAUUCUGCUGCUGAAACAAAAGAUCAGAACCUUCAUGAAGAAAGAAGAACCAGAGAUCUCAUCCAUUCAGCCUUAUGUAUAGUGUUAGAAAACAGCGCCCCUUAUUGGCAGGCCUGUUCAUCUGUGUGUCUCACUCUCAAAUCAUCUAGACACUUCUUAAACCAAGACUGAAAAAGCCUGUUGCUGCUGAUCUGUAAUGACGAUUGUAACUGAUCUAUCUGUGCUCCACCCCAACUGUGUUCUUUUAUAACAAGCUUCUUUUUUUUUACAGGUGGUGAUGUACAGGAAAACAACAGUAUCACAUUAAAGACAAAAAAACAAAUAUUUAUACAAUUUUAUACACAAGCUGUGGGAGGAGGGGGAAACAUGUUACACCACAUCGCAGACAUGGCAGCCAUCCGGAACACCCCCACCUUGGAUUUGAAUUCAGUUCAUCCAAUGGGAAAAUAGGUGUGUGACCCAUCAAUCUGGUAGAGAAUUUUACCAGAAAAACCAGUGAUGUGCUUCAUAUCAACAUAACUUUAUUUGUUCAAACAGUGGAUUUAGUUUGUUAAACUCACUGUUAAGAAAGAAAUUUGUCUAAUCACUAAAAACCUUUUGUUUGCCCUCUCCUGCAAAUUCCUUUCAUCUGUCUGGAAUCUGGAAUCAUUCUUUGUCAGGUGUUGCAGUAGAAACGAGGAUGAUCUCAACAUCUUCAGUUCUGCCUCAAAAACACUUUUCUUCAUAUGGCUUGUUAAAAUAAAACACUGUUUUAACAUGAGAACAAAUGAGGUCACAUUAUCAUGAAGCAUACAGUUGUUUUUCUGAUAAAAUUCUCUACCUGUUUGAUAUAUCACACACCUACCUUCCCAUUAAUAAAGACAUGAAGUUGAAUCCAAGAUGGCUGCCAUGAUGGUGUUGGUCUUAACAUGGUCUUAACAGGUUUUCCUUAUCAGCCACAGCUUGUUUAUAAACUCUGCCAAACUGCUUCUGUUUUUUAUGGGUGUUUUCUUACUUUUGAGAAACCCUGUACACCAAUCAUGUAUAACAUUAAGCUGAUGUUUUAGAGUAUACACAAUCAGAGACACUUUGACAAGGGCCAGAUUUUAUGAUGGCUAGACGACUGGAUCAGAACAUCUCCAAAACCUGAGGUCUUGUGGAGUACAUGCCUUAGCCAUGAUUAUAUAGGUAAAAAAACAUUCUGAUUGGAUGGUGUUCCAUUAGACGUUUUGAGUUGUUGACCCAUUUAUUUCCAACUAAAAAUGUAACUGGAAAACACUUUCUUCAGAACAGAACAGGACUAGCAUGAAUAGCAUGGAUAGAUCAGUUUUCAAUAGGUACUUGCGGUUCUUAAGCUCUUUUUAAAUCUAGGCUCACAAAAUCACGUCCACCACUCUUGACACCAUCAUUCCAAAAUCAAAAGUGUAGCUUUACAUCUGUCUUUACAACAGUGUUUACAGAUGUUGUUGUUAUUCAAUAUGUUUCAAGACAUCUUUCCAAAGGAGUGGCCUUAGUCUGUGUGUGUGUGUGUGUGUGUGUGAAUGUGUUUCAGUGCGAGAGAAUCAUAAAUGAAACAUUUUACUGUGACAUCCAUCAGAAUCUGUCCUGUACCACCUGGCUGAAUGUUCCUGUGCCAUUAAACUUGAAUGAACCACUCUAAA